AGUGCGCACUGUGGAACGUAAAUCUAAGCAAACUGGAUACUCUAGGCUUCAAAUAUUUCCAUCAACGGAAAAUGGGCACAGCUGGCGAUCGUCUGCUGGACAUUCCUUGUAAGGUCUGUGGCGAUCGUAGCUCUGGCAAGCACUACGGCAUCUACAGCUGCGAUGGCUGCUCGGGCUUCUUCAAGCGUAGCAUUCAUCGCAAUCGCAUUUACACCUGCAAAGCCACCGGCGAUCUGAAAGGUCGCUGUCCCGUGGACAAGACCCAUCGGAAUCAGUGUCGCGCCUGUCGCCUCGCCAAGUGCUUUCAAUCGGCCAUGAACAAGGAUGCUGUCCAGCACGAGCGUGGUCCCCGUAAGCCCAAGCUGCAUCCCCAGCUCCAUCAUCAUCACCAUCAUGCCGCAGCCGCUGCAGCAGCGGCUCAUCAUGCAGCGGCAGCACAUCACCAUCACCAUCAUCACCACCAUGCCCACGCCCAUGCUGCAGCCGCCCACCAUGCAGCCGCUGCUGCGGCGGCUGCUGCAGGUCUCCACCACCAUCAUCAUGCCGGUGGUCACCUGCCCGUCUCGCUGGUGACCAACGUAUCGGCUUCGUUUAACUACACGCAGCACAUCUCCACCCAUCCACCUCCGCCGGCUGGGGCUUCGGGUGGCUUUCACCAGGGACCAGCUCCGCCGGGUCACCACCUCCAUGGAGCUGCAGGCCAGCAGCCGCAGCAGCAGGCGCAUGCAACGGCCUUCCAUCAUCCAGGACAUCCGGGACAUGCGUUGGCUCCACCUCAUAGUAGCUUGAGCGCCGGCAGCAAUCCGGGAGGAAACUCCAGCUCGAUCUCAAGCAGCGGAUCCAACGGUGGCGGUGGACCGGCUUUGCCUUUCCCCUCGCACCUGCUGCACCACAACCUUAUAGCGGAGGCGGCCAGCAAGCUGCCAGGGAUUACGGCCAGCGCUGUGGCAGCCGUGGUUUCCUCCACCACAACGCCCUACCCCACCGCCAACCAGGUGGUAUCUCCAAGUAACAACAACUACUCGUCGCCUUCGCCCAGCAACUCCAUUCAAUCGAUCUCGAGCAUCGGAUCCAGGAGCGUAGGAGCCGCUGGGGAAGAGGAAGGCCUCAGCCUAAGCCUGGGCAGCGAGAGUCCGCGUGUGAAUGUGGAGACGGAGACACCUUCGCCAUCGGCAUCGCCUCCCCUAAGUGCCGGCAGCAUCUCGCCGGCACCCACGCUGACCACUUCCUCCGGUUCGCCGCAGCCUCGACAACCGCCCUCCCCCCGUAGUCUUAGCGAAGCCACCACACCCCCUAGCCAUGCCUCCCUACUGAUUCGCAGCAACAACAAUAAUAAUAACAACAAUAACAAUGGAGAGCACAAGCAGUCGAGCUUUACAUCCGGAUCUCCCACGCCCACUACACCUACACCGCCGCCUCCGGGAUCACGGAUGGGAGGAGGAGGAAGCUCCUGCCCAGGGGCUCCAGCCUCGAAUGGUUUCCUAGAGCUGUUGCUCAGCCCGGACAAGUGCCAGGAGCUCAUCCAGUAUCAGGUGCAGCACAACACGCUGCUCUUUCCGCAGCAGCUUCUGGACUCACGACUGCUGUCUUGGGAGAUGCUGCAGGAGACGACGGCGCGGCUGCUGUUUAUGGCAGUGCGUUGGGUCAAGUGCCUCAUGCCCUUUCAGACGCUCUCCAAGAACGAUCAGCAUUUGCUGUUGCAGGAAUCCUGGAAAGAGCUCUUCCUGCUCAACUUGGCCCAGUGGACGAUUCCCCUGGAUCUCACGCCCAUCCUGGAGUCACCACUCAUAAGGGAGAGGGUACUGCAGGACGAGGCCACCCAGACAGAGAUGAAGACCAUCCAGGAGAUCCUCUGCCGCUUCCGCCAGAUCACCCCCGAUGGCAGCGAGGUGGGCUGCAUGAAGGCCAUCGCCUUGUUUGCCCCUGAAACCGCUGGCCUUUGCGAUGUCCAGCCGGUGGAAAUGCUGCAGGAUCAGGCACAAUGCAUCCUCUCCGACCACGUACGUCUUCGUUAUCCCCGCCAGGCAACUCGCUUUGGCCGGCUUCUGCUCCUGCUGCCCUCGCUGCGCACCAUCCGGGCCUCCACCAUCGAGGCGCUGUUCUUCAAGGAGACCAUCGGAAAUGUGCCCAUUGCCCGGCUGCUGCGCGACAUGUACACCAUGGAGCCGGCCCAGGUGGACAAAUGAACACCGGAA